AUAAACUAACCACGGGACAAAGUACCAGUUACGCUACCGGAUAUGUUCGAAAGCGUAGCGAUGGAGAAGGGAAGCUUUCGCCAUUGAAAUUUUAAUGUGAUGAAAGGGAAAGCCUACUUUCACCUUGUUGCCUGUCGGUUUUGCUGACGAAUUUAAAAACCGGGGUGUUUUCGCUUUUAUUUUCUGAAACCUACGAGCAGAAAUGAUACAGUUGGUGAUGCGUGCUUUCAAGAAUAAAUAAGGUGCAAGACCAAGAGCGAAUCACGGACCACUGGACAAUACAGACCUGUAAACACAGAGUUUGGGAGUGAUACACCUUUGUGGCCUUGGCAAGAAGAGAACCAUGUAGGAAUACAUGUAGGAUGUGCUUGCGUAUGCCAAGUGCUUGGCUAGCACCGUACAUUGUGCGUGUAGUCGGCCUACCCCUGUCAAAUUGCCAUGGAUAGUCCAGACAGCGUCCUGGCCGGAAUAAACCGCUCCCUGCAAGACGGUUGGCAAGCCAAGUUGAACCAGGAUGGCCGAUUGUACUACACAGAUCACAACAACAGGAUAUCACAGUGGAUCCCACCGCCCACCUGCUGGUCACCCAAGGGGGACUUCCUACCCUACGGCUGGGAGGAGGCUGUGGACAAGAAUGGAAAGCGAUACUACAUCAAUCAUGUGACCUGCACUACCACUCGGGAGGACCCAUAUGAUGUGGAGGACAUCCCUCCAGUUGAGAGAGAAGUGACAUUACAGCGGGACAGGAUGCUAGGCUUUGGAUUCAUCGCAGGCAGUGAGAAACCUGUGGUUGUCAGAUCAGUCACAGAAGGUGGACCUUCAGUGGGCAAGCUUCUACCAGGUGACAAAAUCCUGCGACUGAAUGGUGAAGAUGUCAAGAUGAAGGACGGGCCUUACAUCAUAGAGAGAAUCAGGCAAUCAUCAGAAGUCAUCCGUCUGACAGUAAUCCAGCCUUACAUUGACAAGACGGGCCUCAAGUCCUCCUUCCUUAGUGCCAACAAGAAGCAGAAACUCAAGUCCAAGCCCUCCAGGGUUCGCUUUGCUGAUAAUGUCAAAGCUGCUGCUGUGGCUCCGGGUAAAUCACCGCCAAGCCUUGUCUAUCUACCAAGUGUCCUUAAGGUCUACCUGGAGAAUGGCCAGACUAAGUCCUUCAAGUAUGAUAACAAGACAUCAGUCAAGGAAGUGCUCAGGAAUCUGAAGGAGAAACUGGCCCUCAAAAGCAUGGAGCAUUUCUCCCUGGUGGUUCAAAACAUGGAGGACUUGCAAUGCUCCAACAAGUUCACGAUACUUCAGGAAGAUGAAACACUGAUCCAGAUUGCCAGCAGGCCUGGUAGUCAGAAUUGGAAGUGCCUUCUACGAGUGACCUUUGCCCCCCAAGAUGCCUACGACCUUCUCAGCAAGGACCCUAAAGCCUUUGAUUACUUCUACAUGCAAUGCUGUAAUGACAUCAUCAACGAACGAUUCAUGGGUGAACUGGACAAUGAUAAAGCCGUGCGCUUGGCUGCAUUGCAAAUACAGCAGCACUUCUUGAGCAGCAAGCACUCUGCCAAGGUCUCCUUGAAAGCAUUAGAGAAAGAAGAUGGAAUUGAGCGAUUCCUGCCCCCAUCCGUGGCCAAGAAGAUGAAAGCCAAGGAUCUGAAGAGGCUGAUCAGCCAACACAUCAAGCAAAGCCAGUGCCUGUGUGCACCAGGCCAAAAGCAUCUGACUGAGUUGCAAGCCAAGCUGCACUACUUGAAAAUAGUCUGUGACCUGAGGUCGUUUGGAGGGAUGUACUUCACUGGCACCAUGGUGCAGACAGAUGUUCACAGUGACAGGUUAGCAGACUACAAUUGCACGGUGCUUGUUGGCCCUAAAUGCGGUAUCAUUGAGGUCAUCAGCUUACGGGACAAUGUGACCUCACUAUUGGCUGAUUUCAGUCAGGUGACCGACAUCCAGCUGAUCCCGCUGAUGAUCAGCGGUGACUGCAUACGAGUAGAGCUACACGUCAAAAACGAAAAGCCGAUCGUGCUACUGUUAACUCAUGAUGACGGUUACGACAUGGUGACUCUGGUGAACGGUUACUACAGACUCUUUGUUGAUAACAGCCGAUCUCUACUGCCAUCCCAUUACUCACACUCACAAGAAAUAGAAGCGCCAGCCUACCACAGCAAACACCGUGUUAUCUUAGCAGAGUGGAACUACCCCAACGAUCUAGUGUCUGAGCUGAUCCGUGGCUCAGAGGAGGAGGGUGGGCAGAGUGACUGGGAUAUCAGUCGGGUGGGGGAAGGGGAGUACCUCGCUGACCUGUCCAUGGGACCGCCGAUGUAUGAGGAGGAUGUCGCUUACAUCAAUAGAUUAAAGUCACAAGGACGGUACCAUCCUCUGGAAGCAGCUGGGGGUCAGCCUGAUGGAGCCGUCAUGUCCUUUACCAUCUAUGAAGAGAGGGAGGAGGAAGAAGAUGACCAGGCCCUCCACAGGAAUGCAAACAACUCGCUAGACACCAGCAACCUGUCCAAGUCCGACACCAGCACCAUCUCCUCUUCCUCCUGGAGUGACAAAUCACUAGACCUUGCCCAUCUCUCAGACAUGGUGGAAGACAUGUUUGAGAUGAAGACUCCAGAUGGUGGGCAAGAGGACAGUCCCAGACCCCAGGAGAGUAGGCUGGAGAUGACUAUUGAUGGCUCAGAUGAGAAGGUCUUCCAGGAAACCAGAGAGGACCAGGCUGGCAAGACAGAAUGCAGGAAAUCGCUGACCAAGCAUUUUGAUGUGAGCGAUUCAGUUGCUAUGUAUUCACCUCUGGAUGAGGACAAAACUAAUGGGCAAGUGAAGCUACUCCAUUAUGCUAUCUACAAUGACGACAGCUUGAUCCCGGUCAAAGAAAUCCACCAGUCAGUCACAGAAGAUGACACAGAUCUUUGGAAAAGGGAUGAAGAAGGAAACAGUGAUUUUCGUACAACCAUGGUAUCCCCACCAGAUGAGAAUGUGGUCGGACAGAAGACCAUGUUGACAACUCAGGACUCUGUGAUUCUUGCUCAUUGCAGAAAGAUCAAGUCAGAGGAGGAGAACCCAGAAAUAAGUGAAGAUGCAGAUCACAAGGACUCAAAGAUGGAGGCCUUCCGCAAUUUUGCAUCGUAUUCUAAUUCAAGCGUGGAUAGUGACAUUGUAGACCUUACCCAGGUGUCAUUUACAGACAGCUCAGCAGGAGAGGACUCCCCAUGUUCACAGACAAAAGUGGAGAUCCCUCCAAUAGACCUGUCUGGGGUGUACUCAGUUGACACUGAGAUGGAUGAUCAUCAAGAACAUGUCAGAGGGACUUCUGAUUCCCCAGUGCCAGUGUCCAUCAUUGACCUCCCAUCUCCAGAUCUGGAUGAGGAUGAGAAGGCAGACCAGGCCCACGGCAUCCAGCUUGCAGCCCUGGACGCCAUAAGUGUCAGCGUCAACCAGAGAGGAGAGCUUCUGGAACGGUCUGUGCACCGAGACCCUGAAUGUGAGUCAGAUUCAGGAAAUGAGACCAUCUCCUCUGAAAUCAUCGAUAAUGGUGUAACAGAUGAGCCGGGUGCAAGUCACUCCCCCUCUGAUUAUUUCAGCAUGAUUGGAGGUCGGAGGUCGACAAUGGAAUCUGUUGACCGGGACCCAACGCCGACCCCAGAGCAGACUGGAGAAAAUCGAGAUCAGGACAGUCCUCCUAACCUUGUGACAUCCUGCCUGGGAUCGGAUACGGACAGUGUAUCUACCCUACAUGGCAGCAGCCCUAACCUCAGUGCCCUUGAAGGUCCAGAGAGAGCAAGUGACAAUCAAGAACAAGUAGAUAAUGAGGAUAGUAUAGAUGACCUUAUAGCCUCAUUAAUCAUCUCUCCCCCUCCACUUGUGGAAUCAAUUGAGCUUGAUGAGGAAUUGCUUAACGCUGUUAUUCCACCGCCUCCAGUUUCAGACUUUGACAUUGGGCUUAUAGAUUCGCUGAUAGUUCCCCCACCACCCAAAUCCCCUGCAACCUCUCCUCCAACAUCGCCACAAAAAUCUCCUGCUAAAGCACAAAACUCAGGAGAUUGCCGUUACAGCACUACGGUAAUGAUCAAUUUGACAGGAGGGAAAGCACUAAGCCAGGAGAUCAAAGCCCUUGAGACAAAGCUACCAGAAAAGAGACAGAAGAAUAACAGUACUCCAACAUGCAGUCCCAGAGAAGUUAGUCCUGUCAAGCAGCAGGCAUCAGCUGCUUCAGAAAGGACAAUGUCACCAGUCAAGGCUAGUCCACGUUCCCCUGCUAAGAUUCAGGCAUCCCCAAGUGCUGGAGAACCCCGCCCUAGUCUUUCCCAGGAGAAAGGCAGACCUCAGAAAAUCAAUUCCAGCAUGAUGUCCUCCAGCCAAGACAGUGGCUUCUGCCAGCUGGAACCUGGUGACCUAGAUCAAAGGGGAGCAGUUACGAUGGUUGUAGAAGAUCUCAGAAAAACUGAACAAACUGCACAUGAAGAACAGAGUGGAGGUCAAGAAAAAGAAAUCGUGCAUCUCAGGGAUGAGGAAAGAUCAAACAUUGAUAUCAAAAGCUGUGGAGAUGACAGAUCUCUUGAUGGAGAUGGAUUUGGUGCUGUAAAGACUCUACAAAACUUGUCUGACUCAGUGUCUGCUGGUGAAGACAAAAUUGGAAUGAAUGCUGAAGGUGAAUCUAAGAGUGAGCUUCAAGAAGAAAUCCAAACCUUUCAGUUGAAAACAGAGCCACCUGAAGCAAAACCUGCUCCAGUUGUGCCCCCUAAACCAGCUGUGAGACCCAAGAUGUCACGCCAAGAGAGCGUGGAUAGUCUGACUGGUGGAGAUUUUGAUACAUCAGAGCCCUCUGAGAAAUUAGAGCCGAAGAAGACUUCCCAGAAUUUACCCGUGCCUCCUCCAAGGAAGAGAUAUUCUCCAGGAUUAGCCAAGAAAUCCUUCCCAUUCGAAGCAAGACAGGAUGAAAAUGGCCAGCUGAAUUCCAAGGCUGUCCAGAGAUCACUGUCCCUGAAGAUAAAUCAGGAAAAUGGAGAAUAUCUGAGAAAGAUUGAAGAACCAGUGAAGUCAGUAAAACGGUCCUCAUCCUUUGCACAAGGAGGUCUGCAUCAACAUUCGUCAAGAAUCACCUCUCCUGGCGAAGAUGGGGAUAUGCAUCAGGAUACGGAUAGAGAAAAGGAUGGGACCCUUGGAACAGGAGAAAUAGAAAAUAAUGAGACAAGACAAAAACCAAAUGUUAAGACUGCCCUUGGUCCCCGAUUAUCUGGAGACAUAGAGCUGAGACAUGUCAGUGAAGGCAUCCGGCCAAUCAUGAGAAGCAAUACUUUCUCAGCUAGUGGUACUCCAGAGUUACAGAGGAUCAAAAGGCAAGCUCCGCUCCCUCCCCCUAAGCCAAUCAAAAAGAAAGAAUCGCCAUCCUCAGAAGCAAUGCAACUGUCGCCAAAAGAGAAACAAAGUUUUAGAAACUCUAUCUCGUCAUCCAGCCCCUCAUCCAUCACCAAGUUGUUGUCUCCGAAAAGAAGUUUUUCCUUCCUUAGGGGCUCAAAACCUUUUUCAAAAGGGAGCAGUAAAGCUGAGGAAUCUGUCCUGCCAUCCUCAACAACGAAGGAGAAAAAGGAAACAAGGAGGCCCAGACCGUUGAGGGCAUUCAGGUCACUGUCUCGUAAAGACUCUUAUGAUGUUUCCAUGUUUGAUCACAAGCGAGACAAAUCUGGCGAACCCACCUUCCGAGAAUCCUCAUCACUGCGAUCUGUUGGAGGCCUGCAGCGGCCAGAUUCUCUUAACAUCAGUGACAAUGCUGAAGAGAUUGAAGCAAUCUCAAGCUCAUCAGUCAGUCGUAGAGUGUCCCUUUACGAGUCCAGGUCAAAGUCUCAGGACUCGGACAAUUCAACCGUAUCAGCACAUCCUCAACUCCGGCAGAGCCAGUCUCUCGGACGAGCAUCAGGUCGACCAGUCUCCUACCCAUCCUCACCUCAAAAGUAUCCGGGUCCAGGUUCUAUACAUGCAUCCCUACCCAAACGUCCUCCUCCUCCCAGACCCAACAAUCCACCAGCCUCCCCAAGAAAAGCCAUGUAUCCAUCAGAUGAGUCGCUCUCCUCGUCAUCAUCAGAGGUGCUCCCCUCUCCUGUCCCUCUUCCAAGUCCAAGUGGCUAUGAUAGAGACAGUACUGAUUCAGAUGACUUCUCCUCACCUCCUCCCCUCCCAGUAUCCUUACCCCCAGUGAAAUCCAGACCAAGAGCCCUACCAGAGCACUUCAUCCCACCUCCAUCAUUCAAGUCCCCUAAAUCCAGUGCAUGCUCGGGCUCUGACCUGGCCACUACCGAUACCUACACUGUAGAGCUGGAGAGCAAAGAGUACACAGGGAAGCAUUCCGUCCCCGAGGCUCUGGGGGACAUCCAGCUCCUAAUCGUAGAGCUGCAAGAUUGCAUUCAAGCAGAGGAGUCUGUGCCUAGCCUGAUGCAGUUCAAGCUGUCCAAGGACUCCUUGAUCUCCGAGGUCCGUGAGUUCACCAGCAAUACCAAGAUGUUGGUUAGCAGUGCUGGGCAAACAGAGGAGCAACUGGUGAGGAGCAUCAACAGCAGCAUGCACACCUUAGCAAGACUGUGCUCAGAUGCACAACAGAUGAUGAAGGCCAUGGUGUCAGUCAUGCAGGCAACAAAUCUUGGAAACAAGACAAAAGAAGUAGCAGUCAACUUCAGCUCCAUCCUCUCUGCCGCUACUGAGGCUCAUGGGAAGAACCUCAAUGAUCCCACAAUGCAACUGUUGCUCCGUCAAGCCCAGACAAUGGCGGCCAUUUUGUCAGCCCUGAUGCGCACUUUACGCAUGCUCCAGAGCUAACGGCUCCUUUUUUUUUUAAACCACUGUACAUGGUUUUGUACAGAAUGAAGUUUUUUUUUUUAAUACCUGAGCUUUUAAUUGUAUAGGCUUAUUAUAAUGUUAUGUCAUUUUGUGCUCAUAAAGGGCACCCAAGCUACAAACCGUUUUAAAUUAGUUCAGAAAAUAUUCUAAAAGUACACAGAUUACCUAUCUUUAUCCCAAUUACGGAAUAUAUGUGAGCUUUUUAUCCCCUGCAAAACAUUGUUUAUGGUUACAAAGUGGAAAAUGCUUACAUUUCUUUGAGGCACAUUGUUACUUAAUGUCAUUAAUGUGUCAAAAAUGGUCAUGUCUUGUGUAUAUGUCACUGAACUGGCACAUUUUGCCAGUUAUUCUCUGACACUGUAGAUUUUCUAACAGGAAAUGACCAUAGAAAAAAAAAUUAAAACCCUGAGCACACUACUGAAAUGAAAAUCAGAUAAAUAUCAGAAGCCUUGAACUGAAGUGGAUGUACAUCUAUCCAAUUGAAGAUGAAAAGAUAAAAGCCUCCCUACUUCAGUCUACAACAAUACCUUCUUCAGAACAAAACCUGGGGAAAUAUUAUUAUUGCGUCGUGGCAACGGGCACUCCAGGUGGAUUGGAGUGGUUAUUGAGCCUGAGAUAAUGUAAGGCUCCCUCCUUCUUUGGGGGAAGAUAGAGAAGUGUAAGGACAAAUCAGUUCAAGAGGGUCGGUGAAUCAGCGGCAUGGAGGGGCCCGAGAUGAUCACUUGACCCAGCACAGGUGCAGAUCAGGGUCCUAUUUGAGGAAGCUACAUAGCUGAAAAAGAGCACAAAUAGCUGAGAUCCAGUCUCAUGCAGUAUACAUUGCAUGAUGUUUUGCUGGUAACCUGUUAUUUUGCUAAGCGAAUAUAUUCUGUGCUUAGCAGUUGGCCUCGGAGACAAUCACUGGGCAUUGAAUAUCAAGCACUUUGACCUUGCGCUAACCUUUUUCCCAUUUUUUUGUUCGUACUUGUGUAUUUUGUCUGGUAGGGUCAAGAGGGUAUCAGGAAAUUGAUGCUCUUUUUUGGUCUUUGUAGACCACAUGUUGGUGUUCAGUUCCAAACAGACAGCCUUGAGAUGCCUAUGAAUAAUGUAAUCACUAUUUAACGUUGGUUUGGUUGAAAUACCGGACAGUUAUUCCCACGUCACUGUACAACAUUAAUAUUCAAUUGGAUGCUCUCACAAAACAGAUUCCAUAUAGAGGUAUUGGUUUUAUAAGGUUUGCUUGUGUCCAGUCAAAGUAUGACUUUGUUUUUGUAAGUGGACUGCACCAGAAGUUAUCUUAAGUGGUUUUUUUACAAACUCAAAAAACCUUUGCCAGUCAAAUGGAUCGAAUGAACGUUUCUGACAUUGCUUUAUUAGACCUGUCUGUUAUUAUUUGGCCUGACCAUCUUACAGACGUCACUUGUGCCUAGAACCAGGUUAUGACCUGUUUAGUGUCUUUUUCUUGAAAUUUUUAACUACACAUGCAAUGUAUCAAUUUUGUGUAUCAAUUUUGUGUCACAACGAAGGGGUUUUCAUAAAAGCUAUUUAUUUCCUCAUUUUUAAAUUUUUAUGUUUUUUCCAAUUUCUGGACUUUUAAUCCAAUUGCUUAGUUUUACUGUACACAUUGUUGUGAAUAAAUUGUAAAUAUCAUCUUUUUUUACACACCCAUAUAUAUGUACAAUUGAAAUGAUAACCGUACUUUUGUAUAUUUUAGAAACCUCUUUCAGAGAAACAAAUAUGACUUAUUUAAUGUUUGAAUUUAGCAUCUUUGAAAAAUUUGUAUAUUCUGUGAUAUUCUUGUGUGCCUAAAUCACAAUAGAAAUGAUGUAAUUAAUCUUUAAAAAACUUAAUGUA